AUGUCGUCUGCUAAAGAACCACGAACCCAACUAACUAUUCCAACAAUCACCACAUCCCAAAGUACACCACAGACACCAAGAGAACAGAGAGGCGACGACUGGCAGUUUUUUUGGGUAACACGAGAAUGGAUGACUACAUGUUACGACAAACACAAGUUCUCCGAGAAACAACUCAUAUGUCACUUUCGAAAUGAUUUCGAGUUGACUAGAAAAGAUUUUCUGAUUAAAAACUACAAAAAAGCAAGAAAAGCUAAGGAAAAAUCUGGAGUCGAUGUGGCUUCCGAAUUCAAUUUUAUCCCAUCCAGUUAUGUAUUACCUGCCGAGUACCAUCUGUUCGUUGAGGAAUUUCGAAAGUAUCCCACUGACACCAUAUGGAUUAUGAAGCCUGUUGCGGGGGCGCAGGGGAAAGGAAUUUUUUUGUUUCGAAAACUAAAACAUGUGCAAGAAUGGAAGAAGAAGGAUUCGAGUGGUUCUGAGGCAUUGCCAUAUGUCGUACAGAGUUAUAUACAUAAUCCAUAUUUGGUUGGAGGAAAGAAGUUUGAUGUAAGAAUUUAUGUCUUGGUUACUUCGUUCCGCCCAAUGAAUGCAUGGGUCCAUCGGGAAGGCUUUGCUAGAUUUUCUCACUCUCGAUAUUCAACGGAUAGUGUGGAUGAUGCAUUCGUUCAUUUAACCAACGUAGCCGUUGCCAAGACCGCAGCGGAUUAUGAUCCAGAACGCGGUUUGAAAUGGAGUCUUCCAAAACUGAUGCGAUUUUUUAAGUCAAUGCAUGGCCACUCGAAAGUUUCAAAACUAAUGAAUGACUUGGCUAAAGUAAUCAUAGAAAGUCUAAGGAGUGUUCAGAAUCUCAUUAUACAGGACACUCACUGCUUUGAACUUUACGGCUAUGACAUUCUAUUUGAUGAGAAUUUAAAGCCAUGGCUCUUGGAGGUGAACGCGAGUCCCUCUUUGACAGCAUCAUCUCAAGAGGAUUUCGAGCUGAAAUAUCGAGUAUUGAACCAUAUGAUUGAUGUGUUGGAUAUUGAUAAAAAACUCCUCGGCAACGAAAACGAAGUAGGCGGUUUCGACAUUCUGGUUCGCAACAAUAAACCUGUGGAGAUAUGUAAAGUGGCCAGGCACAACCAACCAUUUUUCACACCGCAACUGAAUUUAAGACUUGGUAAGUUAGUUUUUUGA